AUGAUUGCACCGAAUGAUUCUGUAUCCCAUUCCCACAGUCUGCCACGGCAUGUGACAACCGAGGUAUUGUGGACCACCCAGAAUCACCAGGUCAGUCCGGCCGUUGAUAAUUUGAGCCGUGUGGCACGUUGGGUCGAAUCAGUUUCAACGUCCGAACACAGCCCUCCAGCCCUCUCUAAAGGCUGCUCAAAGCAUCCUCUACAGAGUUCCCCACUUUGCAAAAGUUGUAGCAAGGGCGUCACCUGUUCCUCUGCAUCCAAGUCACCAGAAGUCACCGGCCGAGGUAGUUCCGCUCCCGCUGCGCGAUUUAGAGCUCAGCAUGGGGCUAUGAUGUUUCAAGCGAUUGAUGAGAAUCAAUCCCAGUCAAUCGCCAAACCACCUUCAGAUUCACGAAAGCCUGAUGGAGCAUCGGAUCCAGGACUUCACAGAGAUCAAUCUUUUGGCUCUGUAAGCGGUCUGGACACAAUAACAGAGGGCCUAAAGGCCUCUCCGCUGCGCAAACCAGUACUCAAGCGUUUCGCGGACCUUUUUGUCUGCUCGCCCAGUUCUAAUCGACGCCGUCAGCAGCAGAGCUCACAGCAACAAGCAAGCAAGAUAUGCACACCCUUCUUCGGAGGCGUUGGGUCCAGCGGCGGAAGCGAAAGGGAAGUAAUUGCAGAAGGAGACCUCCUAUCCAUCAACUCAGCAGGCAUGCUUUUUACAUCAUUGAGUAAGGGAAGAGGGGGCGAGGAGAGUUUAUUUCUUGAAGCAGAACAAACCGGUCGGACGGCAAGUAAUAUGAAUCAGCAAGGAGCUGAAAAGUAUUGUGAUGAAGGGCAACAGGGGCGUCUCCGACUUAAGGAGGCUGGGACUAAACAUCGACUAGGUUUCCUUCAAAGCCCGCUCUUUGGCAAAUGCAGUCCUAACCGCACUGUCCCAACCGAGGCUCUUGCUUCCGCCGCUCCCCAAACCGCCCCUGCUCCUUCCCUUCAACGUUUUCACCCCAGUCGGCAGCAACAACAACAAGAUAGCAUGGCCUUCCACUGUCAGGUGGUUUUUGAGAAGUCACCACAUACUCACUGCCACCACAAAUGUGUCUCGCAGAGCUCCAGCAGUGGUCUUGGAAGCGAACACAGUGAGCAGCAGUCCCUGCGAUGUCACUGUUUGGUAGCACAGAGUGGAGCGCGAAUACGCAGAUGUCGAAUGCGCACACACCGAACACGGAUUGGGAUGACUGCUUCUCCAGAGGGGGAGAACGAAGGAGGAGCACUGGCAACUACUAAGUUCACAUGCGCUAGUGGAGGUGGGCACGCGAGCAGCGGCUAUGAAAGUGUUCUCCGCGAUGAUAGUGAACUCUCCUCUCAAUCAUCUAGCGGUGGAUCCUACCCAUGGCCACCUGUGGGAGCCAAGGAAGCUGCCUGCCAGACCAUGCCAUGCGAUUUGACGGAGAGUUCGAUCGCUGUGCCUCAGACGUCGUCAAUUGCUCCUGAGGUUCUUACUACCUCCCUCACGGAUACCGUUUCUGUAUCUGCGACAGGUGAUACUAUGUUGGCGUCCACAACCUCAAAAAGUAGGUCUUCCAACUUCCAACGACUUCUGGUAGGUUAG